CUCGCCCCCCUAGCGCUCGAUGCCGAGCUGCAUGUCUCAGUGGUGAUGGCCAGCGACUCGCUGCAGGACUCUGUCGCGCUACUGCUGGUUGUGCUCGUUAGGGUCGUGCUGCUGGUCUCUGUGGUGCUCGUCGCCGUGCAGCUCGUUUCAGUGGUGCACGUCGGUGACGUGCUGCACGGCUCUGUGGAGCCUGGUCCCGCGGUGCGCGUCACCGUCGCGCUGCUCGACUCACCAGCGCUCGUCGCCGUGCUGCUUGUCUCAGUUGUGCUAGUCAAUGCCGCGAAGCUCGACUCUGUCCUCGUCGUGCUGCUCGUCUCACUGGUGCUCAUCGUCGAGCUGCUGGUCUCAGUUGUGCUGGUCGGAGACGAGGUACUGGACUCAGUAACCGGAUCCUGUGGUGAUGGCCAAGGGGACAAGGGACAAGGGAGUCGGUCGCACAACGUGCUGCUCGACGAGGUGCUGUUGGUGUCCGUAAUGCUGGACAAGGCAGUGCUGCUCGACUCGGUCGCGCUGCUCACCGUGGUGCUGCUCAGCGUCGUGCUGCUCGUCAUUGAUGUGCUGCUCGAUUCCGUGGUACACGUCAGACUGGUGCUUGUGCUACUCGACUCGCUCGUGCUGGUCAAACUGGUGCUGCUAGACUUUGUGGUACUUGAGUCGGUCGUGCUCGUUAGUGAGGUGAUACUAGAUUCCGAUGAGCUGGUCAGUGAUGUGCUGCUUGAUUCUGUCGUUGUAGUCAGCAAUGUAGUGCUCGACACAAGGGGGCUGCGCAGCGUGGUGCUGCUUGAUUCUGUCGUCGUGCUGAGUGUCAUGCUGCUUGAUUCCGUGGUGCUCGAGUCGGUCGUGCUGGACAGGGAGGUGCUGAUCGAUCCUGUGGCGCUCGAAUCGCUUGUCAACAACGUGCUGCUCGACCGCGCGUUGCCCGACUCGGUCGUGCUGGUCAGUGACGUGCUGCUCGACUCUGUGGUACUUGAGCCAGUCGUGCUGGUCAGCGAGGUACUGCUCGGCUCCGCAGUGCACGACUCGGACGCACUGGGCAGAGACGUACUGCUCGAUCCCGCGGUGCUCGACGCUGUCGUGCUGGUCAACGACGCGCUGCUGGACUCUGUGGUACUUGAGCCAGUCGUGCUGAACAACGAGGUACGGCUCGACUCUGUGGUACUGGAGCCAGUCGUAGUGGUCUCGGUCGUGGUCUGCGGGGUGCUGCUCGACUCCAUGGUACUUGAGCCGAUCGUACUCGCCCUGGUCGCGUUGGUCAACGACGUACUGCUCGACUCCUCUACGGCACUUGAGCCAGCCGCGCUGAUGAGCGAGGUGCUGCACGACUGUGGUUCUGGAGCCAGUCGACUGGUCUCGAUCGUGCUGAUCAGCGAAGUGCUGCUCGACUCUGUGGUGCUCGAACCCGUAGUGCUGGAGCUGGUGGUGCUGGUCAGCGAGGUACUGCACGACGACGCACUGCUCGGCCCUGUGGUAAUUGAGCCGGUCGUGGUGGUCAGCGAGGUGAAGCUCGAAUCGGAAGUGCACGAUCCUGUAGUGCUCGACUCGAUCGUGCUUGUCAGCGACGUGCUGCACGACCCUGCGAUACUUGAGCCAGUAGUGCUGGUCUCGGUCGUGCCUGUUAGCGUGGUUCUGCACGACUCGACCCGCGACAUCCCGCGCACCGACGUGCUGCUCGACUCUGUGGUCCUUGAGCCGGUCGUACUGGUCAGCGAGGUGCUGCUCGUCUCUGUGGUAAUUGAACCUCACGUGCUGGUCUCAGUCGUGCUGAUCAACGUGCUGCACGACUCUGUGGGACUUGAGCCGGUCGCACUGGUCUCGGUCGCGCUGGCCAGCGCGGUGCUGCUCGACUCAAUGGCGUUCGAACCCGCGGUGCUCGACCGGGUCGCGCUGGCCAGCGACGUGCUGCACAGCGCGGUGUUGCCUGAUUCUGUGGUACUUGAGCCGGUCGCAAUGCUCAGCGAGGUGCUGCUCGACUCUGUGGUAAUUGAGCCUGUCGUGCUGGUCUCGGUCGUGCUUGUCAGCGACGUGCUGUUCGACUCUGUUGUACUUGGGCCCGUCAUACUAGUCUCGGUCGUGCUGGCCAGCGUGGUACUGUUCGACUCAGGGGUGCUCAAUCCCGUAGUGCACGACUCACUCGUUCUGAUCCGUGACGUGCUGCUCGACGACGCACUGCUCGACUCUGUAGUGAUUGAGCCAGUCUUGCUUGUCAGCGAG